AUGUUGUAUGACAACAGUAUGGUGAAUGACUAUAAGUUUAAGGGAAUGUACGACUACGUUCAUAUUGAUGAGAAGUGGUUCUACUUGACGAAAAAGGAUCAAACGUAUUACUUACUCCCCAACGAAGAGGAUCCUGAUCGAUCAUGUCAAAGUAAAAAUUUCAUUGCGAAGGUCAUGUUUUUAGCAGCCACGGCUCGUCCCAGAUUUGAUAAUGACGGAAAUGAAAUAUUUGAUGGAAAAAUAGGAUGUUGGCCAUUUGUCACUGAACAACCGGCUCAAAGAAGCAGCAGAAAUCGAGAUGCUGGCACUAUGGAGAUGAAGGCAAUUACAUCUAUUAAGAGGGAGACUAUAAAAGCAUUUUUAAUUGAAAAGGUCAUUCCCGCAAUUCAAGAGAAGUGGCCAAGAACGGAACAAGGAGAAACUAUUUUCAUCCAACAAGACAAUGCAAGGACACAUAUUCCUUCUGAUGAUCCCGAUUUCUUAGCCGCUAUUUCACGUUCUGGCUUAGACAUUCGGUUAACUUGCCAACCCCCAAACUCUCCAGAUUUUAACAUACUUGACCUUGGAUUUUUUAGAGCCAUACAAUCGUUGCAACAGAAAAUGCGUGCAAGAAAUAUUCGAGAGCUUGUUUAUGCAGUAGAAAAAGCAUUCUAUGACUAUUCUCCCGUCAAGCUAAAUCAUGUGUGGAGCAAGAAAUGUUUGACUGAAGUUGCAAGUAAUAAGACACCAUCUCAUUAG